AUGCAUGAAGUGACAACAGCGUUCCACAACAUCGACAGCGCACUAAGGGAGAUCACCACACCAUCAGUACAAUCCAUAGCUGUGUGGAAGACUGCCAUUCUCGACGCCGUCAAAGAGGAGCUGAAGGUUAAAACCAGCAGUCUUGCGAUGGAGUCGGACAUGGAAGCAGAGUACCCACCGAUUCCAAUUCACAUCGCGCCAAAAUGGGUCGCUCGAGAAGAGGACCAACUCAUACAAGUCAAAUCGUACAUCUACCCCGAGAAGGCCCCCUCUGCUCCUGGGAGAACACUGCAUUAUGAGCUGCUCUCACAAGGACAGACGAUACAGCCAAAUAUGGACGAAUCUGAGAAAGGCGAUUUGGAGAAUAGUUUUAAAAGACUACUCGAUGAAUCUGAUGAAGAAACUACAGAAAAUGAUUCUAUCUUCAACGAUGGGUUAAUGCUGCUUGCGGAUAAGGAGUCCGAUUCAAGAAGUAAUGAGAGAUUGUCAGUGUCAGAUAGUGAGAGCGAACAGACGAAUGGUUAA